CUUUUUCACGUCCUGGGCACAGCAGAGGAGAAACACUUGGCUCGCUCCUACUAUUUAGUUUCUGGAUUGUUUCUUUUUUGGGUUUUCCAUCAAGGAUUCUCACUUUUUCUCAUACUUUUCUUUUGUGUAACGAUGAAGCGCACACCUGAUCCCUCCGUGGACUCUCCGGAGCUCUUGUUCUUCAGUCUCAAGGAUUAAACGUUUUCUGCAACCUGCAUGAAAGAUCGGAAAGAAUGUUGUGAUCCAGCUUCUCUUUUCGGGCUACAGAAGCAAAGGCGUCAGGAGCCAGACCGAACGGCACACAGCUGACUGACUUUGAAAUGGAUUUACUGCAUCACACCCACUCCUGAAAGCUCGUUUUUCUUAGCGAAACCUGCCUCUCAUCCCUCCGUGCUUUUGCAUCACAUCCCAUUGGCUCCAGCUUUUUCUUGACUUUAGUUUUUUUUAUUCAGGCCCCUGUCAUGUCGAAUCCCUCCUCAACAUCAGAUACCUGCUUUGACCCGGUUACCUCCUGCAGUCUUUGAGCGCUGUGAGAAAGCUUUGGAUGCUGCGAGGCUCAGUGGUCCCUCGGGCUUCUCUGCUUUCUCUCUUUAUCCCGUUCAAUUUUAUCAUCUCUCCUCUUUUGUUUGAUUCAUAUUUUCUUUAUGAUAUUUUUCUUUGAAGUCCUUCUUUGCUUCUUUGUUCAUAAAGCUCUCUCUCCUUUCUCCCUCUUGCGUUGGCCAGUUGCAUCCUUCUCUCUGCUCCAUUUCUCUGCGCCCCUCUCUGCCCUACAUUUUUUUUUCUGUGUUCUCACUCGUACCCAUUUAUUUCAUCCACUUUUCUUUGAUUUGCCUGGCCUUUCCCUUCUUGACAGUAUUGUGGGUUUUCUGAAAGGCUGUGUUCCAUCCUACUAUUCUAGCUCUGAGCUUAUUCUUCUAGAACAAACAUGUGGCUUUCCAUUGCUAAAUCCAAAGACCCAAUCAGACCGACCCUUUUUAAGUUUUACACACUAUUGAUGUUUCCGAAAUGAAUUCUAAUGUCAGAUUAUAGGAGGAUGGAAUGGACUACCAGAUGACCCAACUGGCAAAGUAAUCAUCUGUCAGUCAGAGGAGGGAAAUAAGAUACUAAUCUGUAAGGUUCCUCUCUGUUGAAGCAUCCUUCAGCAAAUUACUGGAUUAUUUUUAUCUGUGAGAAAAGGAAACUUCCUGACGGAGAUUAUAAAAUAUCUCCUGGUACAACGGUGAAUGCUUUUUUAAUUUUUGCUUGUUUUUGCCAAGUCAAACAUGAUUUGAACGGAUUGAUUACGUGAACAUUUUGAGGUAGCUUCAUUUCUUUUUUAAAAUCAGACCAUUAUCUUUUUUUUUAUCAGCUUUUUCAUUAAAAGUUGGCUAACUGUUAUGACAAAGAAAUUGGACUUUUAUUUUGGAAGGCUGCCUGAUUUGAUGAACAAUUUUGAGCUUUCCUGUCAGCUGGACUUGUACCUCUAUAAUGGGUUUGUAAUAAAAUCCACAGACAGUUUCCUCAACUCUGUGUCUCCACAUGUUUUGACAUUAUUGGAUAUCAGCACUUGCUUUUUUUGGAUCAUUAGGUUUCUUAUAAAUCUGGGAUCUUGACUUUUUUGACACUGUCUUUUGUGCAUUUGCCUAAUGACUCAACUCCUUUUGAGGACGCUCUUUUGCUUUUACACUGAAUUUUCUAUCAUUUUUUAGUAAUCUCAUAAAUUAGUGAUAGAAUGUUGUAGUCCUUGGCUCUAUGGUGUUUUUGAGACCCAGAGGGUUUCUUUGGGCACCGUGGCCCGGCACUGAGGUACUCCCUGCAGGAAAAAGAUGGAGAGCAGUGGCUGCAUCCCUCUGUGCUGGAGCAAAGGGGCCUGCAUCUAUGCCCAGCACCCCUUACCAAAAUAUGAUGGCCAGUUAACCCCAGCAACCCCGUCUGAAUCUGGUAUGGCAUCGUCUUCCUACCUGGAACCCAGCCUUAAUCACUCCACAGCGGGUGGUUGUGGGGUCAAAUCCCGGCCUGGAGUGCCUGGUGGUCCCGGCACUAGUAGCUCAGCUGGGGGUUUGGAGCGCCCCCCGGGCUCCAUGGACCGAGUCCUGAAGAUCUUCCAUUACUUUGAGACAAACAGCGAACCCAGCACUUGGGCGAGUAAUAUCAGGCACGGAGAUGCCACAGAUGUCAGGGGUGUUAUACAGAAGAUAGCGGAAAUCCACAAAUUGCGUUGUGUGUCUUCUUUGGGCCUUCGUCUAACCCAUUUGCACUCUGAUGCUCUUCACUGGUUACAUCCUGAUUUGGGGGUGUCCCAUGUGCGAGAAAAAUAUGAGAAAAAGCAUCCCCAAGAGGAGUGGAGGUAUGAAUUGCGGAUACGGUACUUUCCAAAAGGUUAUAUCAGCCAUUUCUCAGAGGACAAACCCUCGCUCAACUACCUUUAUCAUCAGGUGAAAAGCGACUAUAUGCAGUAUAUAGCCGACCAGGUGGAUCAAGAUAUUGCACUUAAAAUAGGUUGUUUGGAAAUAAGGAGAUUCUUCAGAGAGAUGCCAGGCAAUGCGCUGGAUAAGAAAUCCAACUAUGAACUUCUAGAGAAAGAUGUGGGUUUGAGAAGAUUUUUCCCCAAAAGCCUUUUGGACUCUUUGAAGGCGAAGACUCUCCGUAAGCAGAUCCAGCAGACCUUCAAGCAGUUUGCUAACCUCAACGACGAGCAGAGCAUCCUCAAGUUCUUUGAAAUAAUCACACCCAUCUACCGCUUCGAUAAGGAGUGCUUUAAAUGUGCUUUAGGGUCGAGUUGGGUAAUAUCAGUAGAGCUGGCGAUUGGACCAGAGGAGGGAAUCAGCUACCUCACAGAUAAGGGCUUGACGCCUACACACUUAGCUAACUUCAACCAAGUCCAGUCUAUUCAGUACUCUGCGCUGGAGGAGAAGGACAGGAAAGGAAUGCUGCAGCUAAAUGUUGCUGGAGCUCCAGAGCCCCUCACUGUCACUACAUCAUCUCUGACCACAGCAGAAAACAUGGCUGACUUGAUUGACGGUUACUGUCGGCUCGUCUCCUCGGUGUCUCACUCCUUCAUCGUCAGAGUUCACAAAGAGGGUGAUAGAGCCCUUCCUUCUUUACCAAAAGUUACAAAUCAUGAGAAGCGGAUGGAGAAACGGAUGGACGGAGUGCGAACUCGAGCCGUUUGUGUUUCAGGUCACAUAAGUGGCGAUGAAACAGACGACUAUGCAGAAAUCAUAGACGAGGAGGACACCUACACCAUGCCUUCAAAAUACUAUGGAUUAGAUCAAGCGCGGGACUAUGAGAUUCAGCGCGAUCGUAUCGAGUUGGGCCGCUGCAUCGGUGAGGGUCAGUUUGGAGAUGUUCACCAGGGAGUCUACAUUAGAUCGGAGAACCCAGCUCUGUCUGUUGCAGUGAAGACGUGCAAGAACUCAACGUCGGACAGCGUCAGGGAAAAGUUCCUGCAGGAAGCAUUAACCAUGCGUCAGUUUGACCAUCCUCACAUCGUAAAGCUGAUGGGAGUGAUCACAGAGAAUCCUGUGUGGAUCAUCAUGGAGCUCUGCACACUAGGAGAGCUGCGGUCAUUUCUCCAGGUCAGGAAGUAUAGUCUGGACCUGGCCACGCUCAUCCUGUACUCAUACCAGCUCAGCACAGCACUGGCAUAUCUGGAGAGCAAACGCUUUGUCCACAGGGACAUUGCAGCGAGGAAUGUGUUGGUGUCCACAGUCGACUGCGUAAAACUGGGAGACUUUGGUUUGUCACGAUACAUGGAAGAUAGUUCGUAUUAUAAAGCAUCUAAAGGUAAAUUACCUAUUAAAUGGAUGGCUCCAGAAUCAAUCAACUUCAGGCGAUUUACCACAGCCAGUGAUGUGUGGAUGUUUGGUGUCUGCAUGUGGGAGAUUCUGAUGUACGGCAUCAAGCCUUUCCAGGGUGUGAAGAACAACGACGUCAUCGGCAGGAUAGAGAACGGCGAGCGAUUGGCUAUGCCCCCUCAAUGCCCCCCAACCCUCUACAGCCUGAUGACAAAGUGUUGGUCGUACGACCCCAGCAAGAGGCCGCGCUUCAAUGAACUGAAAACCCAACUCAGCACAAUUUUAGAGGAAGAGAAAAUCCAGCAAGAGGAACGAAGCAGAAUGGAGAUGAGGAGACAGGUCACUGUGUCGUGGGACUCUGGAGGGUCUGACGAAGCUCCACCAAAACCCAGCCGUCACCCCUCCCUGCAGCGGGAUGACAACCUGCACUUUGCCUCACAGCUUCCCCUCUGCCUCGGAAAUCCUCAUAACGCUUCUCUCUGCACCUCCUGUCAUUCAUCCACUCCUCCACUCUACUCCUCCCCUCUGAAAUUUCCCCUCCACCUUUGCUCCUCCUCUGGUCUUCAACUUUCUCCUCAAAGCAGCACCUCCUACAGUUUGUCUCUGCAAAAUCACUUAAAUCCUCAAUCCAAACUUUAUCGUUCCUUUCUUCUCCGGCCUGAAAAUGAUGUGGGCUCUCCUCCUUACAGCCGGUCCUGUGGCUGCAGCCCGCGCAGGACAACAACAAACGGCUGCAUCCUUUACCCAUCCGAGGCAAAUAACUCUCACUCCCACCAAUGUCAUUUCUCACAUUCCCAGUCUGAUCUGAGCUUUGACCUGCUGUCCUGCAGCUCGUCUCAUACUUGCCCCCAAAUACCCCAGUCAAAGCCAAACUCCAAUCCCGAAUCCCUCCUGCUUCCCAACUUUUACCCCAACUGCCAGAAUCAUCACCUCCAACCCAGCUCUGACACCCUGACCCCGCACCACGCUGUGCAGUCAUGUGGGAGGCCCCCACACGGAGAGAAAGUCUUUCCCUCGCCCACACCCACUCUUCUGUUCUGCACCAACCGCCACCCACCCAGCCGCUCGUCCUCCCACUCUCCAAGUAGACCUGGUUACCCCAGUCCUCGCUCCAGUGAAGGCUUCUACCCCAGUCCUCAGCACCCUGGACACUACCAGAUGGCAGGGUAUCCAGGACCUCAUACUCUGCCCUCCGUGCCCAGUGCCAUGUACCCCCCACAAGCGGCUCUACUGGACACACACCACGCACACACCCAUCCACGCCACCACGUCCACACACACUCGCACGCACAGCACCUUCCCCAGCCACACGGGGCAGACAUGGCGUUAUGGGGCUCUGCACUGGAGGACAGGGCAGUAGACAUGCAGCUCUGUACAGACCCUCAGUGCCUGCUAAUGGAGGAGCAGCUGAUGAUACAACAGCAGCAGAUGGAGGAGGAUCAGAGGUGGCUGGAGGAGGAGGAAAGGCUGCUGAAACCCGACACAAGGAGUUCCAGAGGGAGUCUGGACAGAGAAGACAGUGGACCACAGCAGCCAACAGGAAACCAGCACAUAUAUCAGCCGGUUGGCAAAGCAGAGCAUGCAGCACCUCCAAAGAAACCCCCUCGACCAGGAGCGCAGACCCAAGUAGGCAGUCUGGCCUGUCUAAAUACUGGAGACGGCUACAAUGACGGAGUCAAGCCCUGGCGGCUGCAGCCUCAAGAGAUUAGCCCGCCUCCAACCGCCAACCUGGACCGCUCCAAUGACAAAGUGUACGAGAACGUGACGGGAUUAGUAAAGGCUGUGAUUGAGAUGUCGAGCAAGAUUCAGCCGGCACCCCCAGAGGAGUACGUGCCCAUGGUCAAGGAUGUGGGUCUGGCACUGAGGACGCUGUUGGCCACAGUGGAUGAGACGCUACCUCAGCUUCCAGCCAGCACACACAGAGAGAUUGAGAUGGCACAAAAGCUGCUGAACUCUGACCUGGCAGAGCUGAUCGGGAAGAUGAAGUUAGCCCAACAGUAUGUGAUGACCAGUCUCCAGCAGGACUACAAGAAGCAGAUGCUGACCGCUGCACAUGCUCUGGCUGUUGACGCCAAGAACCUCCUGGACGUCAUCGACCAAUCCCGGCUCAAAAUGAUGACUCAUUCCCGGCCGCAUUAGCUGCACGCCAGCCGACCUGACCACAGAGGACUCUGCACCUGUCUGGUUUCUGUUGGAGACUUCAAGGCGCCUGGAUCAGCGACGUCCGUACGGAUGUGUUACAGCUGGUUGAAGGCGAACCUUCGCUCCUCUACUCUGCUCAAACCCCGGGGAAAAUAUUUUUGAUUUUGUCCUCCGUCAGCCUAAGAUUACCUUCUCAACCACUGUGACUUUCCUGCUCCACACACAGAGAAAACACCUCCGGACUCAGAGGCUUGCCAGCUGCGCCCUCUUUGGACUGCAAGAGGAGUCUAAUCAGAAAGGAUGAUGGGAAACUUUGAGUCUGCAGCUUUAAGAGCCAGCUCCAGUGUUCGACUGGGAGGGAUUUCAGGUCUCAGAGGAGUCUGUCAGAACCCGGCAGAACGGUCCGAAACAUAUCUUUACGAGACUUCACAGCGGGGAGGAAUUUGAGCCAGCAGCCAUUUCUGUGCAUUUGUGGACUUUAAUCUGUGCUUGUGAAUCCACGUUGCUGCUGACACCUCACAGGCAGGUGGGACUGUGUUUUCUAAUCUGCUUUAGCAUUCGAAACGUCAACGCGACUCUCAGUGAACACAGGCUUCGGUUUAGCCUGGAGAAGCAGCCUUCCGUCCUCAGUGGUCCCCAAUCCCCCCCAGUCUUCCCCUCCAUCUCCCAAACUUUUAUUUAUUAAGUUAGAGAAGUGGAGACGGAGGGAAGAAGCAGGACAAGAGGGUAAAACUUCAGGACUCGUAAGAUUCUUUUUUGGGGGGUUAUUUUAUUACUUUUUCUGCGUACUCCACUCGUCUCUCUCUGCAGUCUUCCUCAGCGACUCUCUGAACAGGUUUUAAUGUGAAGAAUCCAGAUCUGUCCUGGUACGCGCCACAGACUUCUCAGUUCAGCAUCCACUCUCCGUACUGACUGUCCUUUGUGUUCUUAAAGCAAUCACAGCCUUCUUCCUUCCUAAUAAAAACAGCAACUUAAAAAAAGCAGACAAAAAACCCAGCAAAGACUCCAAGGAGCGUUGAGCCCGCCGUCAUCGGACUUCCUUGUUCCACAAACACCCAGCGGUGAAAUAAACACUCCUCACACCUGUAACCUUUGUGAGUUUUCCUGUCAUCAGUCUCCAGGAACGGAAAAAAAACACUAAAAUAAUCAAAUGUGGAGCAACUGGAACCGUCCUGAAGCUACAAAAGCACACAUGGAGUGUUACCUGUUGCUAAAUGACACAUACUGGUGACUUACCUGGUAAAGCAUGAUAUACCCGUGUAUAGAAAAAGCAUAUUUGCACAGCACCAAAAAAACUAAAACACAUUUUCUGUUGUUUUUUCUUAUUAUUUUUUUUGUAUCCCAUUAACCCAGAUGUGAUAUCCAUGUUUGACCAGCAAAGAAUCUAUCAAACAUCUGGGUGCUAAGUGAAAUAUUUAAAACACACAUGAAAACAAUCUAUUUUAUCUUAGUGUCGUUGCGUAAAUCUGCUCCUGUUGGUAUAUUGUAAGCUAUACUGGUGUGUAUCACUGGUGACCUGUACAGAAGUCGUUCUAGUAAACACUGGUUUUUAUUUUGUCUUUUUGGCCAAAUCAACCAUGUUGUCAAAUAGGAAGAAAGCAAUGAAAUAAAGUCAUGGUAAAACAGAAA